CACGGAGGAACCUGUGUCAAUCUUUGGAGAUUACUGAUAAGCCUUCUGACGAUUCCUUUGUGCACUUCUCGGAUUUCGCGUUAUGGCGGCAUCAGGCAAUAAGUGUUUCAACUGUGGGGGGGAGGGGCAUUUCGCCCGAGAAUGCCCUUCCCAACGUCAGCAGCAGCCAGGUGGAGGAGCAGCUGCUGUGACGCCAACCACCCUACGCUAUUGGACACCUAGGCGGCCGCAGGAGGACAAUGAGGAGCGGGAAUUUCUCCGUCAGCUCAUUCAGGAGAAAAGGCAAGAGCAAGCACGUAGGAGGGAUUUGGAUGAGAAAAGGAAGAUGGACGAACUUAUCAAGCAGGAAAUCGAGAGGAACUCGGAGGCACUGGAGGCGCGAGUGCUCUCCAAGAUCGGGCGUCAGUAUCUGGUGUCGAGAGAAGAAGCCCGACGGCAGGAGCUUCAUACACCGAGUAAUCGGACUCCGGGUGUAGUUAUCAGGGAGAGGGAAAUCAAGGAUUAUGAGAACCGAGGCGUUGAAAACAUUGAAGACGAGAUCGCUAUGCUGUACGAGAUCAGGGAGGAAAAGAGGAGAAAGGGUAAGGAGGCGAUGACGGGAGGAAGAAGACCGUUCCGACAACCUGUUUUUCAUAGGGGUGAUGGAUCGGGGUAUGACACGCCGCGAGCUGAAUCCUCUAAGAUGACGGAAGACCGGCCAAGGACCAAGAUACCUGCGGACAGUGGUCCAGAGGGUGUGUUGAACUAUGUGUUGCAGCAGCGGAGGCUCCUUACAGGCAAGAAUAAGGACCAGUUGAAGGUGAUAUGCGCAGCAGAAGGGGUUCAGUAUACUACGAAGGCACCCAAUAUUGAACAGAUCAUUGAGGCUCGAGUUAAGCUUGCAUAUGAGGGCUUUAUCUUUACUCCAGCACCAACGCCGGCCGCUUCUCCGGAAGGGGACGACACUCCGUGUAAGUGAAUGGCUCAUUUUUCGAGAGUCCGACUGUGGAGCAACUUGAUGCAGGUGAUGCAUCUGCGCAACAUGA